AUAUUUGAUCCUGUCUUCUCUGAUCCUCCCCUUCUUCUAAUGUCCCCAAUCCAUCUGCUGAUAGAACACAGCCUUGGGGGAAAGCUGCACAUGCUCAGUUUAGUGUGUGUUGCUAGAGUGCAUGUGAUUAGUGCAGGGCCAAUCAGCACUGUCCAGACAGAGGGUCAGGGGUCCUGCAGCUUUAUAGGACAAUCAGGGGAGAAUGACAACUCCUCCUACAAGCUUUAACCACUGCUCUCUUGGACACUGAUAGAAGUCAGAAGGCUGCUCUAACUGCUGAUGAGAAAAGGUAUUUAGAAGUUUAUAUUUACUAA